GCAAAAUCCAAAAAAAAAAAAAAAAAUCAGUUAUCUAUCCAGGAAAGAAACUCUCUCUUUUAAGACAUUCUCGCUUUCUCCCUCUCCUCCCCUUUUUUUCUCAUAGUUUGUAGGUUUUUCUUAGUUCCCCCUUUCCGUGGUGUUGGUUCCCCUUUUUGCCAAUUGGAUCGGUGUAUUUCCUGGCGACCACUUGGGAUUGGGUCUUACCCAGAUCGGAUCCGGACCCCUUUUUUCGCAACAUUGACUCAAAUUUCUUCAUUUAGAAUUAGAUGCGAUGCCCUUGUAAAAUAUAAUGUGACAUAUUUUUGUUAAAACAAUGGGGAGGUAAAAUCCAAUUCAGAUUAAUUUUCAGAGUGUGGGUCGGAUUAAUGGGGAUUUGUUUUAGUAUUGAGGAACAGCUGCAUCAACAUCAAGAUCACCAAUCUCUCAGCAAGCGUCCAGAAAUGCAGGAGUCACCUGAAACCAAAAAGCCAAGCAUCAUUCCUUUGACAGCCAAGGAUGUUAAAGAUCUACGGCAGAAUUCUGGAUAUACCAAUGUUGAUAGAUUCACAUAUGAGGAGACAAGGUUGGCUACAAAGCAAUUCCGGCCAGACUAUAUUCUUGGUGAAGGUGGCUUUGGGGUUGUUUAUAAAGGAGUUAUAGAUGAGAAUGUGAGGCCUGGUUACAAAUCUACAGCAGUCGCUGUUAAGGAGCUUAAUCCUGAUGGGUUCCAAGGUGACAGAGAAUGGCUGGCUGAAGUCAAAUAUCUAGGGCAACUCAGCCAUCCAAAUCUUGUGAAGCUCAUUGGAUACUGUUGGGAGGAUGAACAUCGGCUUCUUCUCUAUGAAUACAUGGCAAGUGGGAGUCUCGAAAAACAUCUUUUUCGCAGAGUUGGUUGUAGUUUGACUUGGUCAAAAAGAAUGAAGAUUGCUUUAGAUGCAGCAAAAGGGCUUGCUUUUCUUCAUGGUGCAGAAAGACCUAUCAUAUACCGUGACUUCAAGACAUCAAACAUCUUGCUGGAUGCGGACUUCAAUGCAAAGCUCUCAGACUUCGGGCUUGCAAAGGAUGGACCAAUGGGAGACAAGACCCAUGUGUCAACACGAGUGAUGGGCACCUACGGAUAUGCUGCACCUGAAUAUGUGAUGACUGGCCAUUUAACAGCAAGAAGUGAUGUUUAUGGAUUUGGAGUAGUGUUAUUAGAGAUGCUCCUUGGAAGAAGAGCAAUGGACAAGAGCAGGCCUAGCCGAGAACAUAACCUUGUUGAGUGGGCUCGUCCCCUCUUGAACCAUAAUAAGAAGCUUAUGAGGAUCUUAGACCCUAGAAUGGAAGGUCAGUACUCUUCUAGUACUGCAAUGAAGGUAGCGAAUUUGGCCUACCAAUGCCUUAGCCAAAACCCAAAAGGGAGACCUCUCAUGAGCCAAGUGGUUGAAUUACUUGAGACUUUUCAGUCCAAAGAGUUCAGUCAUGAAGAGGCAAUGCUUCACACUGGGGCCAGUGGCAUAACCCUUUAUGAAGCUCCCAGUCAUUCCCCUCAUACCCCUGUGAAGAAGAGGAAUCCUGCCAGAAGUGAAAGUCACAGAGAAGGCGGUGCACAUGGAAGCAAAGGAGCAAACGGAAGAAGCAAGAGUGAACCUCCCAAAGAGUGUGAUCUUUACGAUCCUCCUAGUUUUGAAGCUGAAGAUAAGUCUGAAUCUAACAGAGGUUGAACCUUUUACAAAAGUGAGUGGAAGUUAAAACUGUUUAAAAGAUUUAUAUUAGAAGAUUAAUUUGGUGUUCAGAGUUGCCACUUGCUCUUCCUCUCCCAGUUGAAUGAGAUUUUUAUAGUACUCGUCAGGGUACUCAAAUGGUACGUGUAUUUAUAAAUUCUAAGGGUCAAUGAUGUACCUGUGAACAGUUGUCUCAUCCUCUAGCAGUUCUUUCCAUUUGAAAUAUUGGGGAAGACGGUAAGCAACCAAGGUAGAACUUGUCACUAUGUGCAGUUUUGAAAGAACUGUAUUUUGGUC